AUGUUCGUAUCUCCCGUGUUUCCCUCGCCUGGCCGGACGACUCUAACCUCUGCCGGCAUACCACACCGGGCGCUGUACACAUCGUCGCAGACACCUUCUACGGCAUUCUACGCUCAACAGAAUGCUCCUUCAGCACAGGACCCCGGAAACCCCGAGUUUCUACCGCACAGCAUGGACCACGCGGCUGGCCAGUUUCUGGGUCCACAUGCACGGCUGCCGUUUAACGUGCCCCCCUUCGCGCCGGUCAAAGGGACACUCGCGCCAACCGCGCCGGACCAUUUAUACGCCUACCCGUCCUGCCGCCCCGCGCACAUCUCGGGCGACGCACCUGCCGUGGUUCCGCCCCGUCACUCGGCGCUCAAUCGCGAUCUCGCGCCUCUGCUCGAGAUUCCGGCCGCGCCGGCAGUUGACCCGCCCGCGCCUGCCGCGCCGUGCUUUUCGUGUGGCCGCACAGAUUCCGUGCCUACAUGGACCGGAUACCACGUCUCGCCAACACAGCUAACGGACGUUCAACGCAACACAUCGCCUGCCACUGAGGCACAUUUUGCACCAGUGAACACCGUGCAGAAUCCCCACAGCCUCACGAUUUCCACCGCCCAUCUCCAGCCUGAACGCCCUGCAGUCGACGACCUCCGUCCUCACAACGUCGAACGGAACCAUGCCAGAUCAUCGGCUACGCAAGCCCUCAUCGAGGCACGACGCCUCGGACAACGCCUGCCAACGCCGCCACCACCUGACACCGGAGAUGCACCUCGUGGAACUCUGCUGACACUGAAGCAGACUGCUUCCCUGGCACAUCAGGUUAGUGACUCUCGUGUGCUACCGAUCCCCGUUCACGACGGGCCCCAAAGGAGUUCGCCAGCCAAGCUGAACGCUAUUACGAAUGGCACGACACACAAAAUUGUCACGACAGAUGGGCCUCCAGUGCGCCAUAAAGCGCGCCGGCUGCCACCACAUAAACUACGCCUUGCUAAAGCCGCGGUGGAGGAACUUCUAAGGACAGGCAUCGUUCGCCCAUCGGACAGUAACUAG